AUGAGAAGUCCUUUUGGGCACAAGGAAAAGGAUAAGGUAUUGGAAAGGGCCAGCAAGUCAUGCCAAAGCUUCUUAGAUCUUCGCGGGCAGAACAUCACAAGUGUACCUCGAGAGGUUUUGACGAAGCCUCUCAUCCUCAACUUGAGAAUCCUAGAGCUAAGUUAUAAUGGCCUUCAGUCAAUACCAAGAGAAAUCUGCUACCUGGUUUGCUUGGAGGAACUUUAUUUAGGAAAAAAUGAUCUGAAAACAUUGCCCAGAGAUUUUGACAAAUUGUCUACACUAAAGAAGCUUAGCCUGGUGCACAACGGUUUUCAGGAAAUUCCCUUCUGCCUCUCGCAUCUUCUUUUGCUAGAAUGGCUCAAUUUUUCUGGUAAUGUCAUUGAGAUUAUUCCACCGUGGUUGCUCUGCUUGCCACAUCUUCGCCACCUCUAUAUCCUCUAUAAUCUGAUAGAGAAUAUUCCUAGAGAAGUGUAUAUACAUGGAAUUGAGAAAAUGUGCAAGUACUUUAGAAUAAAGACCAUGAUGAAAGUUGAAAGCAAAGGUGCAGACUUGAAUUACCAACUGUUGCUUUCUCCUACAAGAAAAAGUUUGCCCUCUUGUAAAGUAAAACUCUGCACAAGGCAUCAAGGCAGCUGUAAAUGUGAUCAGGAUUUGUCACAUCACCCAGGCACAGAAUCCAAAAGCUUGCCUAAAGAGGUACCUCCUGCAAGUAUUUCUGAAUGUUUGUCAAAAAAUGAUCUAUUCAAUCCAGCUGUGCCAUCCUCUGAGAGCCCACUUGGCCCAGGAUACUUAGACCAGCACCAGCACACAGUGUCAGGAUUAAUGGCGUCACAGCUCAAUCAACUGAACCUCAUAAAAGAGCAAAGAGAAAAGAUCCUGCUGAGGCAAGAGAUAAGAAAGCUUAACAUUGACUAUCUUCAACAAAAGAAGAACCAGCAUCAACCUGAAAAGGUUUCAUUUUCAAGGAGGAAGUUAGAUUUUAGUCUUGAUUUAGAGAACCUUGGGAAGAGACGUAGGUGUAUGACAACUAGUGAGUAUGGAACAUGCUCAUCUUUUACAGAAAGUGCUGACAUGGCAAUGCACUUGCCUUUACUCAGAAAAGAUUCAUUCUUGAGUUAUCAGUCAAUGUCGGAUGAUGCUGUAAACAACAAUAAAGCUUUAAGAAUAAGAAACCUCUCAAGUGAUGACAGCAGUUCAUGCUUGAGUGAUAUCUCUGAUGAUGAUUAUGAUGUUGAUUCAGAGGUGGAGUCACUCCCUGACAGGCGUCGACACAUAACUCUUGGAGACAUCUGUGUCAUCAUUCCUGAGGAAAACCUCUCUGGGUAUCUUCAGCAUGAAUUCACUCUUGAUGUUGUUGAGGAUGUGUCACUCCACCCUAAGCUUGGUCAUCUUCACGUUGUUGCAAGUGAAGUAAUUGAGAUGGAACCACAUGGAGCAAGAUUUUAUGAAGAUGAUCCGGCUGUUAUAAGCCUACCUUGUGACGUCAAAGUGGGAAAGAAUGAUCAUGUGAUAUGUCUUUGCAGUGACACAGGUGUUGGACAAAGGGUAAAAUGGGAGAGAAUGAGCCCUAAGGACUACAAUGUGUUUGCUUCGCAUGUGGAAAUCAAAGCCUACCACUUUAGUCUCUUUGCCGUUGUUGUUUCAAAAGGCUACCCUGAGGCUCGUAAGACUAUCAGGGCUGGAGUUGGUGGUUGUCUUUAUGUUUCUGAAGUUCCUGGCGUGGAAGUUCUUUUUCCAGAAACGUCACUGCUUUAUGACAUUGAAGCCUCCAUCAAGGUCCUUUAUGCAGAUAAGCCUUAUAAUGUGGAUCAUUCAGAUGCAGAUGCACUUGCUCUUGCUACACCUGUUGUCAAGUUGGGUCCUCAUGGCUGUGUCUUCAAUCCUGACACACAUGAUUUUGUGACUGUUCGUUUGCCAUUACCAGAUGGCAAGGAAAUUCAAGAGAGGUAUGGAGACAGACAGCUUACUUUCAUCUGUGGAGCAUUUCUCAUACUUCAGAGUUUUAUGGGACAUCAUUGA